GGCUCCGAAGUUUCGGCGUACACUCACAUUGUUGGCCUGAUUUCAUUGCCUUUACAAUUGCUGGUCUUCGGGCGGGGGCUCAAUUGACACCCGUAACAGUGAACGACGUACAUGUCCCGGCCCCACCCGCUUGCCUAUUAUGGAAGAACCAGAUGCAUGGUCCUCGCGUGCUGAUGAGGAUGGAGGACAGAAUCCUACCAGUUCUGAGAGGUUGGCAUGCUAUCGAUGCCGCCAGCGAAAGGUGAAAUGCGAUCGGGAGAGCCCAUGCUCUCACUGCGUCAAGUCCGGGACACAAUGCUCAUACGCAACCACCCUAAAACCCAGAGAAAGGCGGCAGAGGGUCAUGGUCUCGCAUACAUAUGAUUCCAAAUUGGAUGCAAUAUCGAGAAAAAUUGACGACCUCAGCCAGAGGAUGAGCCAUUUGACUCAUGAGCCGACCAGAAGUAGAACAUCUAAAUCUUUUGAUCUUGCAGCCCCUGCAAAUACCGAACACUGCCAGUCCUCAUUCGGACAGACACCGUCGCCUUCUUCACUCGGCUCUACGCCAAACCAAGGAUCUCUGCCCUAUAAUACUGGCGAGGGAACUAGUGAAGUAAACUACGACACUUCCAAAGACGAGUACGAAGGCGAAUCGUCCCUUUUUGCGCAUGCCGUCUUUGCCAGCCGGUUUCUGCAAAAUGCGAUUAACAAUGCGACCAACGCCGAGGUCGCGCACGAAAUGGAAGUCGCCCUUGACGGGCUCAGGACUGCUGUUAAUUCAGGAAAACAGCAGUCUGAUACAAUAGAUAAGCUCUAUCCUCUUGCCAAAGCCAUCCCACCUGGCUCGUCAACUCGCAACCUUCCGUUGCCGCCAAUUGAUAAGGUGUUCGCAUGUUUGCGCAUAGCCAGGGAAUGCCAACAAGUAGCCACACUAUGGUUGGGAGACUAUAUUAAGCCCACCCAAUUCAACGACUAUUUCAUCAAAGUUGCGUCGCCCGGUCCUGCUACCGAGGCUGAAUUGAUAAUCGUGCAUUGCGGUCUUUAUUGGUUGUUCUGCGAAUGCUCCAAAGCUGUCACCGAUGAUGAAGUAAAGCAAGAUUAUGAUGCACAGGCUUUGAUAUGCAAGGCGAACCUAGACACCGUCCUUGCCAACCUUCGAUUUCAUCAGCCAACAAAUAUUGAUGUCGCCUAUGCGAUGGGUUUGGCUUCACUGUAUUGUCUUCAGAAAAACAAGCCAUCUGCCGCGUGGGCCUUCAUUAAUUCUGCUGCACAUACAAUACAAGCUCUUGGCCUGCAACACAACGCGCCUUCUGGAGAGGGAACAGAAGAAAAGACCAGAAAGGGGAUGCUGUUCUGGGCUAUAUACAUGAGUGAGAAGACGCUGUCGCUACGACUGGGUCGAUCAUCAACCUUCCGAGAUCAUGACAUUACUCUAGCCCGGCCUAACAUCGAGCGUCAUGCUAGCAAUUUCUUAGGCGAUAUCUUUCUUUAUUGGAUUGACGUUGCCAGUAUACAGGGCCGGGUAUAUGACGAUAUUUACAGUCCAGGAGCUCUCAUGCAACCACCAGACAUUCGGACAUCUCGUGCGCGGGCUCUUGCAGUUGAACUGAAGAGUGCUAUGAAAAACGUGCAAAACUUCCAUGAUCGUUAUGAAGCAAGGAAAGGGCAUUUGCUGGGUCAGAAUUAUCACGAAAUAGCGAGAUGUUCGGACCGGGUUACAGGUCUUUGCGUUCUCACGCUAAUAUACAGGAGUAUCCCCCCGGAACAACCAUCGACCUCUGCAUUCUGCCAGGAAUGUAGCGAUACCGCGAGAGAAACACUGCAAGAGCACGACCGAUGCGUUGCGGCUAUAACAGAAGGCCGCGGUAGAACCGUAUUCCUCGAAGCAUACAUUAACUGGACCAUCACCCAAUCUCCAUUCAUCCCCUUUAUUGUUUUGUUCUGCCACAUCAUCGAAACAUCCGAUGGCUCGGACUUACAGCACAUGCGGGGUCUUGUCGAGAUGCUCGAGUCCACAUCAGAUACUAGUGCAGACACCAGUGCAUAUAAUAUAGGCGAUAAACAGAGCCGUCUCUUCAAGGCGCUGUACGACGUCGCGGUAAAGUACGUUGAGGUGAAAGCCCGUGCAAAUGGUGCGCAAGCCGGGAUGUCCUGGUCGAAGGCUAGAAAACAGUAUGUCGAUGCAUUUGCCGGCACGGCCCCGACCGGUCCUGAUGGCACAUUGAACCAGCAAAUUGCCCAGGAUAGCGAUGGCAACAUGCCAUCAUACGGCGAAAAUGGAGCCGUUGGCCUGAUGGAUGGACUGGUGGCACCUGCGGCCUUGCAGAAUCCGGCAUUUGGGGAUGUGGACAUGGAGAUGGAUCUUUCAGGAGCGGAGCUCUGGGACUGGUUUAAUAAGAACCAGUCUAUCAUGAGGAUGCUUGAGGAUACAUAAAUGCUUGUUCCGGAACAAUAUAAUAUACACUUGUUUGUAUUUAAGGGGAAAAGAGGACCUCUACCUCUUCCACCAGCCCGCCCUCGCAGAAGGGAGACCGAAAAAGACAUCGGGGAUGAUAUCGUCCACCUAUGGUCUUGAUAUUCUACAUCUUACCCUAGAGGCCGAGGGUAUGCGAUGAUAUCCGAGACGGUAUCACUCUUUCUACACUAUGAACCCGGCGGCUGGGACGAAGUCCGUUUUUAAUUCUAUAAACAUAAUGCAUUUAAUAUAUGUAACUUCGAUCGCC